AUUUAUCUUGGAAAUGAAGAACAAUCAACCAUGACGACCGAAUCUGGAUCAGACUCGGAAUCCAAGCCAGACCAGGAAGCCGAGCCCCAAGAAGCUGCGGGGCCGCAGGGGCGUGCAGGGGCACAGCCCGGGCCAGAGCCACCGAGCGGCAGCGAGGAGCAGGCCCUGGAACAGUUCGCAGCAGCGGCACACAGCACCCCGGUGCGGAGGGAGGUCACUGACAAGGAAAGGGAGUUUGCUGCUGGAGUUGCAAAACAGCUCGAAUAUCAGCAAUUGGAAGAAGAUAAACUUUCUCAGAAAUCAUCCAGUAGUAAACUAUCUCGGUCUCCAUUAAAGAUAGUCAAAAAGCCUAAAAGCAUGCAGUGCAAAGUGAUACUUCUGGAUGGAUCAGAAUAUACCUGUGAUGUGGAAAAACGCUCCAGAGGGCAAGUGCUAUUUGAUAAAGUGUGUGAACAUCUGAACCUGCUAGAAAAAGACUAUUUUGGGCUUACAUAUCGAGACGCUGAAAACCAGAAGAAUUGGUUGGACCCUGCUAAGGAAAUAAAAAAACAGAUUCGAAGUGGUGCUUGGCACUUUUCAUUUAAUGUGAAAUUUUACCCACCAGACCCCGCCCAGCUAUCUGAAGAUAUCACCAGGUACUACCUCUGCUUACAACUGCGAGACGACAUCGUGUCAGGAAGACUGCCCUGCUCCUUUGUGACCCUUGCUCUGCUGGGCUCCUACACAGUGCAGUCAGAACUUGGGGACUAUGACCCAGACGAAUGUGGGAAUGAUUACAUCAGUGAGUUCCGCUUUGCACCAAACCACACUAAAGAACUGGAAGACAAAGUGAUUGAGCUGCACAAGAGCCACCGGGGAAUGACUCCAGCAGAAGCAGAGAUGCAUUUCUUGGAAAACGCCAAAAAACUAUCCAUGUAUGGGGUAGACUUACAUCAUGCCAAGGAUUCAGAAGGAGUAGAAAUUAUGCUAGGAGUUUGUGCAAGUGGUCUGUUGAUCUAUCGUGACCGACUGCGAAUAAACAGAUUUGCCUGGCCCAAGGUUCUAAAAAUUUCAUACAAACGGAACAACUUUUACAUUAAAAUCCGGCCAGGGGAGUUUGAACAAUUUGAAAGUACCAUUGGGUUUUAACUGCCAAACCAUCGAGCUGCCAAGCGUUUAUGGAAAGUAUGUGUUGAACACCAUACAUUUUUUAGACUGUUGCUACCAGAAGCACCUCCAAAGAAAUUCCUAACCUUGGGUUCCAAGUUCCGCUAUAGCGGCAGAACGCAAGCCCAAACGAGAAGAGCCAGUGCAUUGAUAGAUCGCCCAGCGCCUUACUUUGAACGCUCAUCCAGCAAACGUUAUACCAUGUCUCGCAGCCUGGAUGGAGCAUCAGUGAAUGAAAACCAUGAAAUAUACAUGAAGGAUUCUGUGUCUGCUGCAGAGGUUGGUACUGGCCAGUACGCCACAACAAAGGGCAUCUCUCAGACCAACUUGAUCACCACUGUGACUCCGGAGAAAAAGGCCGAGGAGGAGCGGGACGAGGAAGAGGACAAACGGAGAAAGGCAGAGGAAGCCACACCUGUCUCCGCGAUCCGGCACGAGGGAAAGUCACCUGGGCUUGGCACUGACUCAUGUCCCCUGUCACCCCCAUCAACCCAUUGUGCCCCAGCAUCUCCCACGGCGCUCCGUAGGAGGUGCAAGGAGAAUGAACGGCAAGCACCGCCCGGAGCUGAGCACAUGCACGCAGAAUCCUCCCUGGACUCUGACAGCCAGGGGAAGCCUUACUUAGGGGAGCAAGAUGUAGCUUUUAGCUACAGACAGCAAACCGGCAAGGGGACCACCCUGUUUUCCUUCUCCUUGCAGCUCCCGGAGUCAUUUCCCUCUCUCCUAGAUGACGAUGGGUACCUCUCUUUCCCCAACCUUUCUGAAACCAACCUCCUGCCCCAGAGCUUGCAGCAUUACCUCCCGAUCCGCUCGCCCUCCCUUGUGCCUUGUUUCCUCUUCAUCUUUUUCUUCCUGCUGUCCGCCUCCUUCUCAGUGCCAUAUGCCCUCACUCUCUCCUUCCCUCUGGCUCUGUGUCUCUGCUACCUGGAGCCCAAGGCGGCCUCCUUGAGCGCCUCCCUAGACCAUGACCCGAGUGACAGUUCAGAGGAAGAGACUGACAGUGAGCGGACAGACACGGCAGCCGAUGGGGAAACCACUGCCACCGAGUCGGACCAGGAGGAAGAUGCAGAGCUCAAGGCACAGGAGCUAGAUAAAACUCAAGAUGACUUGAUGAAACAUCAAACCAACAUUAGUGAACUGAAAAGAACCUUUUUAGAAACCUCAACAGACACUGCCAUAACAAAUGAGUGGGAAAAGCGGCUUUCUACCUCCCCUGUGCGACUGGCUGCCCGCCAGGAGGACGCACCCAUGAUCGAGCCACUAGUACCUGAAGAGACCAAGCAGUCUUCUGGUGAAAAGCUCAUGGAUGGCUCUGAAAUCCUCAGUUUAUUAGAGUCUGCGCGAAAACCAACAGAAUUCAUAGGAGGGGUCACUACCACUUCUCAAAGCUGGGUUCAGAAAAUGGAAACCAAGACAGAGUCCAGUGGAACAGAGACAGAACCCAGCCCACACCAUCAGCCACUUAGCACUGAGAAGGUGGUACAGGAAACUGUGUUGGUGGAGGAGAGACAUGUGAUGAAUGUGCAUGCAAGUGGGGAUGCUUCUUACACCGCUGGGGAUGACGUGGAUGCUGCAGCACAGCCCACACCUACAGAUGUGUCUAGUGUUAAGACGAAAGAGGGCUCUGCUCUGAUUGAGGGGGCUAAAGAGGAGAGAGGGGAGGAGGCCGAGAGAUCUGUACUCCAAUCAAAAGAUACAACCACAGCAUCCCAGGCACAAGAAGAAGAGCUGAGUGCAACUAUCCAUGUUUCCGAAACUUUGGAACAAAAACCUCAUUUGGAGUCAUCAACUGUGAAGACUGAAACCAUCAGUUUUGGCAGUAUUUCUCCGGGAGGAGUGAAGCUAGAAAUGUCUACCAAGGAAGUGCCAGUAGUUCACACCGAAACAAAAACCAUCACGUAUGAGUCCUCACAGGUCGAUCCUGGUGCUGAUCUGGAGCCUGGCGUGCUGAUGAGCGCACAGACGAUCACAUCUGAAACCACCAGCACCACAACCACCACACAUAUCACCAAAACUGUGAAAGGAGGCAUUUCAGAGACGAGAAUUGAGAAGCGAAUAGUCAUCACAGGAGAUGCAGACAUUGACCAUGACCAGGCGCUGGCUCAGGCAAUUAAAGAGGCCAAAGAGCAGCACCCUGACAUGUCAGUGACCAAAGUAGUGGUCCAUAAAGAGACAGAGAUCACACCAGAGGAUGGAGAGGAUUGACCAGAGGAAUAACUUAGUUUGCACAUGAAUCCAGUCAUGCAAACCGUUAGGAAAACCAGAGCCUAUUUGGAGUUCCUUCUUCUAACUCAACUGACUUGUAUCUGUCCGUGGAAAAUUUCAAUCCAGAAGAAUUGACCUUGACCACUAAUAAAGACACUGGCAGAGAGAUCUUCCCAUAAUAAAGCAAUCUGAAUCAGCAUCACUAAACUGAUACUGCAUGAAGCAACGAUAAAAGUACAAAAGAGCAGCAUUUUUAAUUUUCACAAAAUGUCUAAGUUUUCAGCUAUUCCUGCACGUUCAUAACCAGCAAUAUAAACAGUGAUUUCAUGUAACACAUAAACAAUUCAUGCCUUUCAUAGUUUAUUAUUAUUCAAGUCAAAACAAAAUUGCAAUUUCUUAGGUGACAGAUCUUUUGUUUACAGAUAAAUGAAGAUUACCCUAAAAUGCUAGAAGCUGUAUAGGUCCAGUGUGUCAGAUUUAUCCCAGGUUAGAUGUGCCAAUAACCGAGUUUAUGCAGUAAACAACUUGAAUCUUGUCCUUGUUUCAUCUGGUUUUCUUACUCUCACCCAUAAACAGUAAUGACUUUCUGACCCUCUGGAAAUAUUUAAUGCUUACAAUCUUGCUUUGUGUAUCUAAUUUAAUUUGUUAUAAGGUAGUACUGAUUUUAGCAUAUUAAUGUGAUUUUUUUUUCCUGUUGUCUGCUUUGGUCUGCGUUCAAUCCAGGACAUUCUCAGAGUUUCCUAACAAGUCCUAAAUAUGUAAAUUGUUGUUAUUUUGGGAAGAAAACCUGUAUUUUUAUUAGUUUACAACAUUAUGAAAUUUCACUCCAGGAAAACCUGUUGGGCUUCUGUUGCUUUGUUUUCUUCUUUCGUUUUUUUUCCUUGUGUUUUUUAAUUAAUUUUUCUUCUUUUACUUGAAAAAAAGUUUUAUUUCCAAAUCUGGUCCAUAUUUACAAUCUAGUUCAGAACCAAGCCUUAAACUGUACAGAAUUUCCACUGUAAUUAAAACUAUUUAGUGUUUAGUUAUAAAUAGCCUUCAAAAAGAUAUAUUCUCCAUUACACUGUCAACUGCAUCACAACCCAUGGUGAAUGUAUGUUUCUGCAUAGCGAAAUAAAAAUGGUAAAUGCAUUGAAAGCUC